AGAAACAAGAUCAUAUCUGGUCCAGCGUUAUCUUUGGCAUGAGAGAGGGAGAUUAGUAGCCUUUGUUGCAUUUGUGAUGCAUUGAAAAGGGUGCCUUCUUUAUGGACGAUUGAUUGCAAUAUAUAUAUAUAUAUAUGCAAAGUAAGGAAGACAUCACACGUGCGGGAGUUAGUUAGCGAGCUGAUCUUCCCCAGCGGUUGACUGCCCUGCUCUUUCCAUCUCUUCACUCUACUACCCAAGCCCGACUGAAGACCUAAGAGCUCUACUCUGUGCCGAGAGCUCUAAGCCCCGUCACACUACUCAGGUUGGAAGAGCCGUAACCCAGCCAGUGGAGGGGUCAUCAUAAUCACCAUGACUCAGAGUCCCAUCCAUGGCUGCUCUGUCUGUGUGGCCCAGCUGACAGUCUUCCUCACCCUUGCCCUGCUGCUGUGUCCCCUGGGGAGAGCACUCGGCGAAGACCAGGCUUCUCCGGCCCAGGUGCUGCAGGGCCUGUUGGAGCGAUAUGGGGACAAUGCCACCAUCUCUGUUCCCCAGCUUCGCUCUUUGCUGGCACGACUCGGUGCACCCGGCCUGGGGGACAACGGCACCGUAGCCGAGGCCACAGCUCCACCGGCGCCGCCCAGAGUCAACCUGUCCAAAUGCUUACCUGGAGACACCCUGGCAGUUUACAGUAUGAACGAGCAGUCUCGUCUGGAUGGGCGUGGUCUACAGGAGCUCUGCCCCACCAUGCUUCAGCAAUUGGACUCUGGCGCAUGUGGGGUGGAGAAAAAGGAGGAGCUUAUCAUAGACCCGCCUUCCAAACCCACUGCUGCUGAAGUUUGGGGUUAUGGCUUCCUGUGUGUGACCUUCAUUUCUCUGUGUUCGCUGGUUGGGGCCAGUGUGGUCCCCUUCAUGAGGAAAACCUUUUACAAGCGUCUGCUGCUCUACUUCAUAGCCCUGGCCAUUGGCACCCUCUACUCCAACGCCCUGUUUCAGCUCAUCCCAGAGGCAUUUGGUUUUAACCCUAUGGUGGACAACUAUGUGUCUAAGUCCACGGUGGUGUUCGGAGGGUUCUACCUCUUCUUCUUCACUGAGAAGGUCCUCAAGAUGCUGCUCAAACCCAAGGAUAAGGGCCAUGACCACAGCCAUUUCCCAGCCAAUGGAGACAUGGAAGAGGGCGUGACAGAGAAGCUGCAGCAGAGUGGAGAGGCGGGGCUUAACCUGCCCAAAGUGGACGGAGGAGAGGGGGACCGCAUGCUCACCCCUGCACUGACCCCACCGGACUCUCAGAGCCUGGGUGGAGGGAACAGCAGAGGAGGCUGCUAUUGGCUGAAGGGUACAGCAUACUCUGACAUCGGCACUCUGGCCUGGAUGAUCACGUUGAGCGACGGGCUCCAUAACUUCAUCGACGGCCUGGCCAUCGGAGCCUCCUUCACUGCCUCGACCUUCCAGGGCAUCAGCACCUCCGUGGCUAUACUCUGUGAGGAGUUUCCCCAUGAACUGGGAGACUUUGUGAUCUUGUUGAAUGCUGGGAUGAGCAUCCAGCAGGCUCUGUUCUUUAACUUCCUGUCAGCCUGCUGCUGCUACCUGGGCAUGGGUUUUGGCAUCCUGGCAGGAAACAGCUUCUCACCUCAAUGGAUCUUUGCCCUGGCAGGGGGCAUGUUCCUCUACAUCGCCCUGGCAGACAUGUUCCCGGAGAUGAACGAGACUACUGAGAGACCAUUUCGGCUCUACAAAGACUCUUGCUGUUGUCAUGGAGAUCAUUCUGUCGUUGGUUAGUUUGGACAUGCAUGAUGAGCGUCGAGUUGGACAUUUUGAGCAACCAGGGGUGUAUUCAUUACGGAAACCGUUUGAGAACCAAACGGUAGCAAACAGAGCAAAUGGAACGAAAUGUUAAGGAACCUACCAGAAUUUGUCCAAUAGAAACGGUUGUUUGGUUUCUGUUGCAAAACAUUUUUGCAACAGAAUCAGCGUAAUGAUUACACCCCAGGGUCCAGUGACGUGGAAAUAGUGUAUUUAUGUUACCCUUAUGCCUCUGAGUGCCCAUGGGCCAAACUACGGUGGCCUGCGCAGCACAAUCAGGUAAUAGCAGUUGUAUUGUAGACAUCCUUGGACCUUUUUUCAUUGUCAGAGUGCAAACCCUUUUUUCAUUACAUACCAAAAAGAAAGUGUUCCAUAUAUAUAUAUAUAUAUAUGAUGCACAGAUCAACUGGAAAGUUGAGCAAGCCGCCGUGAAAAAGAUCAAAUCCUUUCCCCAACAUAGGACUGAUGUGUCUGUUAUGUUUUACUUCAGGAGGAACCAGACAAAUGCAACACGUGUGAAUUUUAACCACAACAUGUGGACAGACCGUUUAUGAUGGACUCCACUGGGACUUGUUUUUCCUCCAAAGUGUGAAGAACAAGAACCUCCUCUGAUUUGUAGCUUUCUGUCCUGGUUUCCUCGGUUGACAUUGUUCUCUACUAAGAUCUCAGCAAAUAGCUCCCUAUUAUAGUACACUUCCUAAAAUAAGGUUUUCUGUAGGGAAUGGAGUGCCAUUUUGGACAAAGCCUAUGUUUGAUGGAUGGAUGGACUAUGGUGGCACCUGAAGCCACGGUCUAUUUCUCCCAAUCAGUUCCCCCAUCUAGCUAACCGUCUGUGCCCUUCAUAUGUCGUUGACCUGAUUUUUCUAAGACUCUAUUCUCUAUGAAUGCAAUCCUCCAUUCCUUAUCCAUACCGUUGUCAUUUUGAGAUAACGUCUAUUGUUGUAUUAUUUGUAUGUAAUGAAUGAAUGUUUAGAAUCAAAGACCGUACACCCAGAAUCAUAGUCACACUUAAAGGAGGAGUUCACUAUUUUACAAGAUAAUGUUGAGAUGGUUCCUCACCCUGAACAUAGUCAAUGGGCCAGGAGAAACUGUAAUCCAUGGUUCAGUUUUCUUUAAACAGCCACAACAAACUUCAGCUUUUACCCCACCGCUGGCUAGAAAUCGCUGGAAGUGAUGGGCAGCUAUUAAAAAGUCAAAUGUCCAAAUCGCCCAAAAUCAAUUCUAUAUUUUGUUUGCUGUAACUUUAAAGUGAUUUGGCCUUUAAAAAGAAAAAACAUGCUCACAGCUCCAACCACUUCCAUAGAUGUUUAGCUAGCGGUGGCCACAGUUGGUAAUGGCUGUUUAAUGAAAACCAAAUGUUUUAUUUAACUAGGCAAGUCAGUUAAGAACAAAUUAUUGGGCCUCCCGAGUGGCGCAAGACACUGCAUCGCUGUGCCACUAGAGAUUCUGGGUUCAGGCUCUGUCGCAGCCGGCCGCGACAGGGAGACCCAUGGUGCUGUGCACAAUUGCCCCAGCGCUGUUAGGGUGAAGGUUUGGCCGGCAGGGAUGUCCUUGUCCCAUCGCGCACUAGCGACCCCUGUGGCGGGCCGGGCACAGUGCACCCUGACACAUUAAUGCGGCUGGCUUCCUCGUUAAAUGGGCAUUGUGUCAAGAAGCAGUGCAGGUUGUGUUGGGAGAGGCGGUCAAGAGCUGUGCGUUCUCCGAAACACAACCAAGCCGCGCUGCUUCUUGACAACAAUGCCCAUUUAACGAGGAAGCCAGCCGCAUCAAUGUGUCGGAGAAAACACUGUGUCCGGGUGCACUCCUGCACCAUAGACUACUUUUAGGUGAGGAACCAUCUAACAAAAAGUUGUAAAAUACUGAACUACUCCAUUUUUAAGAUGUUUUUGUCCUUAUCCAACACCCUAUAGAAACCAUCUCACUCCUUCAAUGACGUGAGGGUGUCAUUCAUGUAGCAAUGCCCAAACCACAUGGUUGAAUUUGUAAGGCUUGCCAUGUUUUCGCCUGUAAUGAAUAUUCAGCUUCUACAAUGUCAAUGGUUGAUUAGAUCAGUGAGUUAUGAAGUACGUAUUAUAAUAUAAUACGUAUUAUAUUAGUGCUGUGGUCAUGACAGUGCUAUAGGGUUAUAUAACAGUUGCUAGGAAGAGAAGUUAUAAGUUAACAGUUGCUAUAGCUUUGCCACCAGGGACCGGUGGGGUAGUAACAAAAAUGUGAUGUGACAUGAGGUCAACAAAACUGUUAAGACCGUGAUGAUGCAGGACGAGUGGGCUUCCUCAGUCUCGACAGAAUGAAUUGUACCAUUUAGCAGAUGCAAUUGUGUGUAAUAUUAUAAGUGACCCCUAGAGGGAGACACUGCCUCUGAAAUGAAUCAGCAUAAAGCGGUGGAGGAUAUUUCCCCUCCUUCAUUGAAUAUUUGCUCAGAGCUGUACUAUAGUUGCUAUGCAUUGACUUCAAUGUCGGUCUACAAUUUAUCUUGUUUUUAUUGGCAUAGAAUAGAUUAAAAUCCUAAAGAUUAGGUGAGUAAUUGCUCUUUCCCUUUUCUGAGGUAAUCUAUAUGAAAUAAACCAUCUCAUGAAUUGUACAAUGGCAACCAUAAUGUAUUGGAACAUUUUGAAACGGUUAGUUGUAUGGAUAAUCAGCGUUAUUGUUUAAGCCAUAAUGUUUUGAAAUGCAUUUUACAUUUUAAGUUUAUGCACAUUACACACUUCUUUUGUUUUAGAAAUACAAGCCAUGUGAAACUAGACAAUGCUGCACUAUUUUUGUUGUAUUUAUUCAUUUUCUUCUUAGCGAUCAUUUUACAUUUUUUGCACAUGUAAAACAGAUUUGUUAGUCAUAUGGAUACAUCAAUACAACACGUAUGAAAUCAGAGUACAUACACAGUCAAACACACAUUUCCACCUCGACGUCUUCAGUCUCCAUUUCGACAAGUCCUUACCUCCAUGCAGGAUUUUGCUGUCUGAAACACUUAAUUGUGUGUGACUAACCAGGGUUGGUGUCAAUUCAGAACGUAAACCAAAUUCCAAUACCGAAUGUUGUUAAUUGAGAAUUUGAUUUGGAAUUUCGGUUUACUUCCUGAAUUCAAAUGGAAUUGACCCCAACUCCGAUUCAAACUGACUUUAGACUUUUUAAAGAAGUUAUUUAUUGGUGACGUAAAUAUGUCAGACUCCUGAGAAUAGUGGUGUCAAGGAAGUGUUGUACUUUUUGCAGUGUGUUGUGGGAGCAGGGAACAUGUAUUUUUUUUAUAAACAAUUUUCCUAAAUUAA